CGUCAACUCCGGAGACCGGGAUGCGGCUGCUCUGCGUUACCGGCCAGUGAAGGCGGCAGGUGGGCGUCGGGUGGUCGGCGGUCGGGGGGAGCGGGUCAGUGUUCUGCCGGUGGAUGGGUAUCACAGUUGAUGUAUGUGUGGUAACAACAUGUCUUUGCCGCUGCUCGACGAAGCCGCGACAGUGUCUGGGACAGAACGGGAGACGGCAGUGGUUAUUUUCUUGCAUGGACUUGGAGACAGUGGAUAUGCAUGGGCUGAGUCGCUGUCUUCUAUCCGACUUCCCUAUGUGAAAUAUAUCUGCCCUCAUGCGCCAAAGAUGCCUGUGCAAUUGAAAAACUUUGCAUCGAUUCCAUCAUGGUUUGACUUGACUGGAUUAAGUCCAGAUGACGCUGAAGAUGAAGCUGGUAUAAAGAAAGCUGCUGACUGCAUUAAAGCAAUUAUUGAUCACGAAAUCAAAAAUGGUAUUCCUUCACAUAGGAUCAUCCUGGGAGGAUUUUCACAAGGUGGUGCACUGUCUCUCUACACUGCUUUAACAAGCCAUCAUAAGUUAGGUGGUGUUAUAGCCCUGAGCUGCUGGCUCCCUCUUCAUAAAUCAUUCCCACAGGCCGCAGGCAGCAAUGUCAACAAGGACAUCAGCAUCCUGCAGUGUCAUGGGGAAAUGGAUCCUGUGAUAACAUUAAAAUUUGGUUUUAUGACUUUGCAUAAACUAAAGACAAUCGUCAAUCCAGAAAACAUUCAGUUUAUAACAUACUUAAUGCAGCACUGCACAUGUCAACAGGAAUUGGUCGCAGUGGAAGACUUCAUUGCCAAGCAGCUUCCACCAGUCUAACUGAAGAUAGCAAACCACUAAACCCCACUACUAUUUUAAGUCUCGUCCAAAAAUUGAAACCAGUUCAGAUGCAAGCGACCUCAAUUCUUUUAUUGGCCACUUCAUUUAUAAUUGUUAAUAUUUUUUCUACAGUUGCUUUGAGUUGGUGUAUCUUCAGGCACUUCAAGGUUCCUUUUGGAUGAUAAUUUAUUUACAAAGAUGUACUUGUUCAGUUUUAACACUUCCCAGCUCAGAUGAUUAGUCAAUGAUUCCUAACAAUUUAUUUUUAAGUACUCCCAUUCCAACAGCACCAUUUCCUCGACACCGGAUUCAAACCUCAAGUCAAGUAAAAUUUAUUAUCAUAUGCAUAUAGUUGUUCAAUGAAAAACUCAGUUCAUUUCUGCCCCCAUACGUGGAGCCGAUUAUCAAAAUUUGCUCAUUGUGGUAAUGAUGUUAAGCUCUCUGAUUUACUUGUAGAUCUGGGGUUGUGGUCAGACCUCAACUAGCCUGGUUACAUUACCAUUAAUAAUGAGAUUGUGAAUACUGUAUUAGUUAUAAGUCACAAGAUUUAAUGGGUUUGAUUAUAGAUUCACUAAUGCAUGCAGCAAACGUUUGCCACUUUGGAACUCAGAUCAGUAACAACUUUUAAAUCUCCCAUGCCUGCAUGAGGCAUGGCCUGGAGUGUUCAGGGUUUGGGUUUCUGUGGAGGAGAGAGUAAUGGAUGCGAAUUGCCCUAGCAGAGUUGUGGCCAGCUCUUGUGCAAUUACGGAACAGAACUGAUGACAAAGAGUAAAAAUAGUAAAGAUUAACCCACAGUGGAAAUAAAUGUGGUUGCUGAUUGGACAAUUUUAAAUUGAUGACAUCAGAACAUCUCAGUGCAUUGUGGUUGAUAGCAUAGAUUAUUAAAGGGUAUCAGCACCUCAUCUAAUGCUGAGAGGGGAAUUACUGACACUGCGGGAACUACUGGUCCAUACUUCUAUAGAAUCCCUAGGAGGGAACAGGCUCUAGUAGGGGGAGUGUGAAAGUGACAGCCCAGUGUGGGAACAGGAACCUUUCUCCUGGAAUAGCACUCUGAUUGAAGGGUUUGUCAUCUAUGAUCCUAAAUAAAAAAGAUGAAUAUUAGAUUAAACCGAUG